AUGAAACAGAAUUAUACUGGAAGCAACUUCUUUAAUGGGUGGACGUUCUUUACCUACGCGGACCCCACACAUGGCGUCGUCCAGUACAGGAGUGCGGCUGAUUCGUGGUCCUUGGGCCUCGUAUCCAUCAAUAAUGCUGGAAAUGCGAUUAUGAAGGUCGAUACGACACCCACUGUUUCUGGGAAUCGUAACUCUGUCCGAAUCCAAACCAGUAUUCAAUACACUGGAGGGCUCAUCAUCCUGGAUGCUGUGCACAUGCCUAUCGGUUGUGGUACUUGGCCCGCGUUCUGGAGUGUAGGACCGGCGAACUGGCCAAAUAAUGGCGAGAUCGAUGUUAUUGAAGGCGUUCAUUUCGCCACAAGAAACCAGAUGUCAAUUCAUACAACGGCUGGAUGUACGAUGCCCGCUAAUUAUGGCGCUAGUGGGUACCUAGCGUCUUCCGGUCCUCAGGCAACAAAUUGUGACGUCGUGGCUUCCGGAGGGACUGGCUGUGGCAUCGUAUCCCCCACGCCAAACGAUUAUGGAACUGGCUUCAACUCGAAUGGUGGUGGUGUAUAUGCCAUGAAGUGGGACACCUCGAGUGGCGGUAGUGGUAUCAGCGUGUGGUUCUUCCCUCGAGGUGGGAUUCCGUUCGACAUUUCGACGAAGGAGCCGCAGACGAGUGGGUGGGGUAUCCCGCAGGGUCAUUGGCCUGCUUCGACGUGCAAUCCGAGCCAGUUCUUUAAUAAUCAUGUGCUUGUGUUCGAUACUACUUUAUGUGGUGAUUGGGCAGGAGCAUCGAGCGUGUGGAACUCGGCGACUCAGAAUGGGCAAACGGGUGGUAGUUGUGCUGCCCGCACUGGAUAUGCGAAUUGUGCGGAUUUCGUUCGCGCGCAGGGAGGCACCUUCAGCGAAGCCUAUUGGGAAGUGAAAAGUGUGCAAAUGUAUCAAUGA